UAUAUCAACGUAUUUAUACACAUUGUUUUUCAACUCUUUCCCCUUUAACGGUUUGCAGAAGUAACCAAGACAAUGAGAAAACUUCAUGUGUUAAGUUAGUUGCUUUCGCCGUCAAUUAGGGGAGUUUACAAAAGUUUAGGCACAUUCACAGUUAACCAAAUUUAAAAGUGUGUGUUGGAUUUGGUUCCUCUUAAGAAAACGUUUCAAAACAACAAAGUUUUCUACAAUCUAAUCUCCCUUAAGCUCUGAUAAUGAAGAAGAUGAAAUCUGUAAUUUGUAUUUCCUUUACUAUUUGUAUUCUACUCUAUUUCAUUACAUCAUUAAGCUUAUUAUGUACGAAGUCAGAUUUUCGGAGCUUUUUAGUGUCAUCAUCACCUUUGUCACCUCCUGUUUCUCUUAAACACAUAGUAUUUGGUAUAGCUUCUUCGAAAACUUCAUGGAUGAAGCAAAAGGAGUUUGUGAAGAUAUGGUGGAAACCUGAAACAAUGCGAGGAUGUGUAUUCGUGGAUAGUGUACCACCAGAAAUGAAUCAUACUACUCGUGACAGUAGUUCUGAUCUUCCUCUGCUUUGUAUCUCUGAGGACACUUCACGUUUUCGGUACACAUACAAACACGGAUACCGUUGGUUUAUUCGUGUGGCACGCAUUGUAUCGGAAACUGUUAGUUUAAACCACUCAGAUGUAAGAUGGUAUGUCUUUGGGGAUGGUCACACAGUGUUUUUCCCUGACAAUUUGGUGAAGACUCUUUCAAAAUAUGAUCACCAGCUAUGGUAUUACAUUGGGUCCAAUUCGGAGAUUUACGAGCAAACUGUUGUUAAUUCGUUUGAUAUGGCGUUUUGGGGAGGUGGGUUUGCUGUAAGUGCUCCUCUUGCUAGGGUCUUAGCUAAGGUUUUCGAUUCGUGCUUGGAACGUUACCCUCAUCUUUAUGGUAGUGAUGGAAGGAUUUACGCUUGUUUAGCCGAACUUGGAGUUGGAUUAACCCCUGAACGUGGCUUUCAUCCGGUGGAAGUCCGCGGCAAUAUCUUUGGUUUAUUGGCUGCUCAUCCCAUAACACCAUUAGUAUCACUCUCAAAUUUGGGCCAAGUUGAUCCAAUAUUCCCAAACAUGUCAGUAACUAAUUCCCUUGAUCAUCUAUUUAAAUCUGUUACUGCUGAUCCUGAGAGGAUCCUGCAGCAGACUGUAUGUUACGACCGCUGGUUUUCUUGGACAAUUUCAGUUUCUUGGGGUUACGCAGUCCAAGUGUUCAACAACCAUAUACACUUGUCUGAUGCAAUUCGUAUACAAGAUACAUUUACUCCAUGGAAAAAAGGAGCACCGCCAAACUAUAUAUACACUACAACCCCUGUACAUCCUGAUCCAUGUCAAAGAUCCACAACAUUCUUUUUUCAUCAACUACAUUCUCAAAGAACAAUCAUUACAACUCACUACAGAAGAUCAUUACCGGAAAAUUGUACUUAUGAUCCAAUGAAUUCGCCUAAAAAGUUAGAGGAGAUUGUUGUAUUUUCACACAAGUCAAAUCUUAGCAUCAAACAGUUGAGGGCACCAAGAAGGCAUUGUUGUGAUGUCUUACCUCCCAAGGCGGUUUCGAGAUUGGAGCUUUCCAUUAGGGAAUGCAGAGACGAUGAGCUCAUAAGAAUACAUGCAUAGAUUUUCUUCUUGUUGAUUGUUGAUUGUUUUUUUUGUGUUAACACCCGGUUCACCCUUAGGGCUAAUCCGGAUUCGGGGCUAAUCCGAAUUGUUGAUUGUUGAUUGUUGAUUGUUGAUUGUUGAUUGUUGAUUGUUGAUUGUUGAUUGUUGAUGAUACUCUACACUUGUACUACCGUAGUCAAUUAUGGGGAAGCCAGGAUUUUUAAGCACUGGCAGCCGGCCGAUACUUUAAUUAAAACAAAUA